CUUAGUUGCUCAAAUUAUAUUUGUUUCGCGUACUUUCCUCCAUCACUGUACCUCUUGUCUAAUAACCCAUUGAGCGCCUAAAACGGGUCAAAAACGACAAAAAGUAUACCAAAGCGCAUUUUUUUGAAUUGUAUUGUUAUUUUCCGUGCAAUUGGUUACGGAUUUGUUAAUUUUGAUCGAAGAUGUUGAACGGAAGGAGUCGUCGUCAAAACGCAGGAAAUCGGCUCCGGGAACUGCUGGAACAGGAGCAUGUACGACUACAGGCGGAAGGGAUUGAAGAAACAACUGAAAAAGACGACGGUGAUUUAGAUUAUGUUGAAGAAGACGUCGAAGAUGUUGCCAUUUCCGAUACUAGUUCAGAAGGCGAGACAGACGACGAAAAUGCCAUUAAUGAAGAAGCAGAAAAGGAAAUUAGCCGACAGGAAAAGUUAGAAAAACGGCGUUCUGCAAGAUUAACACAAAACAAAACAGAACGGACACUUAAGAAACUGCUCACAAAACGCACCAAGCCAUCAGAAAAAGCCAGUGUAAAGAGAGCACGAAAGAUUUACGAGCCAGAGGCAGCAAUACGAUCAAGUACACGAACCCACACUGUGUCUUUCAAACAGUCUGUUGAAGAGAAACUUCAACGAGAUCGGUAUCGGCGCCGUCAAGGAAUGGGACAGCACGCUGGUCCACGAGCAAAACACUCAGCUAUGACUCAGCAACAGAGACUUGAGGAAGCCUCUCGAACCGAGGCCGCAAACAUAUCUUCUCUUCGGCACUACGUUCUUCGUGAAGAAGAACGCCGCCUUCGUAUGCGCAGAAAUGCAACACGUUCCCGGGCUCUUCACGGACCCAUUCUACGGUUUGUAAGUCGCCAAUUCCAAGAUAGAAACGACCCGAAAACCGCGCACGAACAAUCGCUUUACCUCGCUCCCGACACUUAUCCUCUUAUUGAACCUUGGCAAUCACAAUUACCCACUGUUCCCGAUCCGAGCAUGAAUACAUGUGUGUUCACCGGACUACGCGCGAGAUACAUUGAUCCCAAAACGGGAAUAUCAUUUGCGAAUACAGAAGCCUAUGAGGCUUUACGGAAAGCUUGUGCUAACGAAUACACUUGGAGUUCGCUUCUUGGCAUCUACUACUAAUUGCCGACAAGCUUAACGAAACCGACUACUAUUCAGAUAUCGCCGCUCAACAAUAUCGACGUUUUCUACGAACAAAAUGACAACUGACAGCUUCUGUUUUCUGUUAUUAUCUGUUCUAAACCUCAAAGUUCUCCGCGUCUCGUUAACGUUCGCUAUGUGUCGCUACCACUCAUGACCCCUUCUUGUGCCCACGUUUACCCUCACCAGCUGUGAGAACUCAUUCGCGGU